CACAAGCACAGCACAGAACGCUGACUCGCACGUCCGGCUGGCGGGCCCUUUUCCCUCAGCCUCGUGCAGGCCUGGCCACCUCCCCACCACUGGCCGCCUGGGCCACACCCACCUCCCUGGGAGGAAGGAAUAAGAGGCUGCCUGUCCACGCGCCUGCCACUCGGACGCCACAGCCAGAGGACUGGCAGCAGAAGGUGACCAGAAGAAACAAAUAGAUUAUGAACAUCAUAUUCCACAUGACUCAAGAUCUGAUACAUUCAGCACGGAAAUCGAACCUCUGAACUGGGUUUUAACAUUACAGCAUGCAGGUGGCCGAAACUCACACAUGAAUUCAAAGGAAAGUAAGUUAGUCCUGACCCUGGAUGAAGACUGAGCUACAGGAACAGGGACCCCAUCCCCGUCGCCAGACCACGGGGUGUGCUGGCUGUGCCCCUGCCUUCCCUGCUCUGCUUGCCUGCACAUGACCAUGCAGGGCAGAGGGGCCGCCUUGCUCUGCUUCUGUGCUGAGACUUCCCACUGACUGAGAGAGGAGGCAGGCAGAGGGGAGAGCAGGGUGGCAGAUUCUGGGAGCCCUGGGCGACGAGCUGACAGUCCACCCAGGGGGCAUUGCAGAGAAGGGCGUCAGGCAGGAGGCGUGAGCCGCCUCUCUGCUGACCUCCAGAUGUCGGAGCUGGAGAAGGCCAUGGUGACCCUCAUCGACGUCUUCCACCAGUACUCUGGAAGGGAGGGUGACAAGCACAGGCUGCACAAGUCGGAGCUCAAGCAGCUCCUCAAGGACCAGCUCCCGCACUUCCUGGAGGAAAUCAAAGAGGAGGAGGUUGUGGACAAAGUCAUGGAAACACUGGACGAAGACAGCGACGGAGAAUGCGACUUCCAGGAGUUCAUGGCCUUCGUCGCCAUGGUGACCACUGCCUGCCAUGAGUUCUUUGAGCACGAGUGAGCGAGAAGGAGCAGGCAGCAGAGCUGGGCCUGGGGGACGAAGGCCUCACAAGGGGGCAGCAGAGCUUGCAGCGCCAGCUGGGUAGGAAGCCCGGUCUUCGGAGGGGAAAGUUGAGGCUCUUUCCAGCACUGCGUCACUCUUUCUGCUGCACUAGGCUUCGUGUAGGAACCACUGGCAAUAAUCACUUAGGAGAGUCCAUUCACAGCCAGGGCCAGUGCCGCUCAGACCCUAACAGGGAGGAUAGGACCAGCACAGCACCACCUGGCGGCCCCCAGGCUUCCGGUACGUCCCACUGGAAAAGGCUGAAAGGCUGCCCAUCUUCACACCUGUGGUCUCAGUGCAAAUAAAGCCCCCAGCAGUCUGAUGACCUGAGCACACCGUGCCCCCUGCCUAAAAGAGCAAGACCGUGCAGAAAUGGGAAAAUACGUCUCAUAAACCAACAGUACUGGCACUGUCACUCAGAACCAAGAAUCCAAAUCCCACAUUUGGUAAAUUCUCCUUCUGGGUGACACUGCUGGCCUGUGGGCAUGCAUGAGGCAGAACAUGGGCAGGCUGCCUUUCCAGCCAGCUGUGCUGUAGCAGUGUGCUCCUCGCCUGCUCUCGGGUUGAAGGUAGAGUGUGUGGCUGUGGACUGCAGGUGCCCGGGACGUGGGCCUCUUGCUGGAGGUCACUUCUGGUCUGCUCUGCUGGGAGCCUGGCUCACUGCCUGGUGAAGUCUAGUCAGGAGACGUGCAGGUUGAACUCAAUGCUUUUGUAUCUGCACGUUCAAAUACACCAAGUUUCAAAUUCAGGUUAUGAAUAUUCAAGGAAAACUCAAAUUAAUCUCAUCCACCCUACUUCCCAUUUUAUUAAGGGAACAGACUGGGAAAUUCAUAAAUCAACUGCUUGCUUGUAUUUGUGUUAAAUAAAAAAUGCACUGUCCA